UAACAGUCGCAAUAAAAAAGAGUUGACUCAACCGAGUUGCACACUCGUCGAACUCACCACUCACCAGGCGCCAAUUUCAAUCAAUCCAAUCCCUCCAAAGAUAAGGUUUUUACUCUUUCUUCGUCUUCUUCCCUUCUUUCUUUCUCCUCCAUUGUUGCACCUUCUUGAAGGAGAGAGAAAGAGAAAGGACUUUCUGCCAUUUCAAUUCAUAAUCUUCAAGAAAACUACAAACCCAGGAAAAAAUCUAGAAUCAGAAGAACAAAUAUGACGACAUUGCAAGCUUCCCUUUUCUUGAAACCCCCAAUUUCAAUCCGUUUACCCCCAUUUCAUCGUUUUCGCCCUCAAAUUUCUCAAUCUUUUACCCUAAAUUAUUGCAUCUCUCGCUCGCGCAAAUUGUCUAUUAAUUGUUGUGCAUUACAAAAUUCCGACUCAAUUGAAAAACCCAGUUCCUCAAAUUCUGAUUCUUCCCUUGAAUUUGAUGAUAGAAAUGGGGGUAAUUUUUCACAGGAGCUUGAAAACCCUAGUAUUAGUAAUAGUGGUGAUACUGAGGAGAGUGUUCUGACAAUUGGGGAGGGAGGAAUUGAAGGUGAUGAAGCAGGUUUUGUGGGGGAGAAAAGGGGGGAAGAAGGUAAGUUAGCAAUAGUGGUAUUUUUAGUGGGAAUUUGGGUAACUUUUAAAAAAAAGUUGGAGAAGAUUUGGUUAUCUGGGUGGUUGAGUUGGUGGCCGUGGCAGCAGGACAAGCGGAUGCAGCGUUUGAUCGCCGAGGCCGAUGCCAAUCCGAAUGAUGCCGCCUUGCAAAGUUCUUUGCUUGCUGAGCUCAACAAGCAUAGUCCUGAAUCUGUCAUCAAGCGCUUUGAACAAAGAGAUCUUGCAGUGGAUAGUAAAGGUGUCAUAGAAUAUCUUCGAGCUUUGGUGGCUACGAAUGCCAUCGCUGAGUAUCUUCCUGAUGAGCAGUCUGGGAAGCCAUCUAGUCUUCCUACAUUGUUGCAAGAGUUGAAACAACGUGCAUCGGGAAAUGCGGAGGAGCUUUCCUUAAACCCUGGAAUAUCUGAGAAGCAACCAUUACAUGUGAUGAUGGUUGAUCCAAAGGCGUCCAACAAAUCAUCGCGUUUUGCUCAAGAGCUGUUCUCGACUAUCCUCUUCACUAUUGCUGUUGGUUUAGUUUGGGUAAUGGGAGCCACGGCACUUCAGAAGUACAUAACUAGCUUAGGUGGUAUAGGAACCUCAGGUGUUGGAUCAAGUUCUUCAUACUCUACAAAGGAGUUGAGUAAAGAAGUUGUUCCAGAAAAGAACGUCAAAACUUUUAAGGACGUUAAAGGCUGUGAUGAUGCGAAGCAAGAGCUUGAGGAGGUGGUGGAAUACCUCAGGAAUCCUACAAAAUUUACUCGCCUUGGAGGGAAGUUACCAAAGGGAAUUCUUUUGACUGGAGCUCCUGGUACUGGGAAAACACUGCUUGCCAAGGCUAUUGCUGGUGAAGCUGGAGUGCCAUUUUUCUACAGAGCAGGUUCUGAGUUUGAGGAGAUGUUUGUUGGUGUUGGUGCUCGACGAGUGAGGUCCUUGUUCCAAGCAGCAAAGAAGAAGGCUCCCUGCAUUAUUUUCAUUGACGAAAUUGAUGCCAUUGGAUCAACAAGAAAACAAUGGGAAGGUCAUACCAAGAAGACCUUGCAUCAAUUGCUUGUUGAAAUGGAUGGCUUUGAACAGAAUGAGGGCAUUAUAUUGAUGGCUGCAACAAACUUGCCUGAUAUUCUGGAUCCAGCUUUGACCAGACCUGGCAGAUUUGAUAGGCAUAUUGUUGUUCCCAGUCCAGAUGUACGAGGUCGACAAGAUAUUCUAGAGCUGUAUUUACAGGAUAAACCAGUUGCUGAGGAAGUUGAUAUUAAAGCAAUCGCUCGUGGUACCCCGGGAUUCAAUGGGGCAGAUCUGGCAAAUUUGGUCAAUAUAGCUGCCAUCAAAGCCGCAGUUGAAGGCGCUGAAAAAUUGACAGCUUCUCAAUUGGAGUUUGCAAAGGACAGAAUACUAAUGGGUACAGAGCGAAAAACUAUGUUCAUAUCAGAAGAUUCCAAAAAGCUUACUGCAUACCACGAGAGUGGCCAUGCAAUUGUAGCUUUGAACACCGCAGGCGCUCAUCCAAUCCAUAAAGCAACAAUCAUACCACGUGGAUCGGCUCUAGGAAUGGUUACACAACUCCCUUCAAGUGACGAAACUUCAGUUAGCAAAAGGCAACUAUUGGCCCGUCUUGAUGUUUGUAUGGGAGGUAGGGUAGCAGAGGAGCUUAUAUUUGGUGAAGAUCACAUUACAACUGGAGCUAGCAGUGACCUUAGCACGGCUACAGAGCUUGCUCAAUAUAUGGUAACGUCUUGUGGGAUGAGUGAUGCAAUUGGUCCUGUUCAUAUUAAAGAAAGGCCAGGUUCAGAAAUGCAAUCCCGUAUUGAUGCAGAGGUUGUCAAACUCCUUAGAGAUGCAUAUGAUCGGGUGAAGGCUUUGCUAAAGAAGCACGAGAAGGCAUUGCACGCUUUAGCCACUGCAUUACGGGAGUAUGAAACACUUAGUUCCGAAGACAUAAAACGUAUUCUUCUUCCAUAUCGAGAAGAAAGUCGACUGAUAGAGCAGCAAGAACAACAAGAAGGGGAGCUUGUCUUGGCCUAAAAGUUAGGUUUCCCCUAUUACAGUAUCUGGUAUUGAAGAAAUAUGAAAGGAACAGAAUUAGUAAGAUCGAAAGGCCGACUGCUCGCGACAUGAUUGUAUAUUGUACACUAACAUACAAUGCAUUGAUACACAAAGGAAGCUAGGCUGCAGUUGAUUCAUUUUGCUGAUAGGCCAUCUUUGUUGUUGUAUUAUCUUAUGGAUUCGCCACGCUGAUCAUCACCACUUUUACCAUAAAACAGAAGAAUUAUGGGGCUUUCACUGUCUGGAGGAAAUUUUUUAUUUUUUUUUUGUUUGUUUAUUUUGAUAGAUUUAAUAGCAGAAAUUGUUUAUAUAGAUGGGUUAACAAAUUUUCUCCUUGGGCAACAAGCACAGCAACCCUCCACUUCAUUAUUUACGUAAUAUUCUUCAUGCUUCAAAUGUGGUACUUUCAAAAAAAAACAAUUGAAUAAGAAUGAAGUCUCAACA